AUGCGUCCCACAAACCAGCUUUUUUGCCUUCUUGGAGAGGGAUAUCGCAAGCCAACAACAACCUCAAUGAUUCUCUCUCCCUCCAUCAACCGAAAAGAACAGAGCUUACCCGCGAUUCCAUCAAGACGGACUAUCCCUCCGGGAACCAUAGAAAAGUACAUAAAUUCCACGCCCGCCAGAAUAGUCUCAUCGACCAGUUCCUCCAGAGCAGCGAUGAGGAGCGAUUGGCUCGACUCGACUUUGAAAAGAACGGCGGCAAGUGUAAAAUGGGCCGUAAACGGGAGCUUUAGUGUCAAUCUAUGCCUCUUCGUCAUCCAAACGUUCGCUGCUAUAUUCCACGGACUCGCUGGCCCUCUUCGCAGUCGCGACAGAUGCAUUCAUGGAUCUAGUUUCGUCCGUGGUCAUCAUGCUCAUCACUUCGCCGAUGGCCGCCCUUACCUAAACCUCACAAAUAUCCCGUGGGACAGCGCAGGGCCGAAACGGUGGGCAUUGUUCUCUUCUGCGCCCUGA